AAGAGGGAGCCAGAGAAAAUGGCGAGCGGACCACGGGCAUGAAGGAUGGGGAUGGACUGGGAUUGCCAACUGUCAGCCUUGGCUGUCAGAAACGUUCCUCAAGUUGAGUUUCUGGGUUGGACUGUUCAGACAUUAAAUAGUUGCAUGAUGAGCAGGAGGAGGCAGAACACCCUUCACCUAUUGCCAUCUUUGAAUGUUGGGAAGAGCUUGGCCUGCUGAAGGUCUGCUAGUCUGGAGCUUUUCAUAUAACUGCAAGUUAUAGUUGCUUCUCAUAAAACUAAGGUGGGAACUGGAAAGAUGGCUUCAAACCCUCCUGGACAAGGCUUUCAGAAUAAGAACAGGGUUGCAAUCUUGGCUGAGCUAGACAUGGAGAAGAGGAGGCUUCUGCUGCAAAACCAGUCUUCCACAAACCACCCCGGAGCCAGAGUUCUGCAGCCACUCUACCAAACAUAUGAACUCCCCAUCAUGAAGACUAUGGACCCCUGCAUCUCACUAGCUAGAUCCUCCCUUAACAAGGAUUUCCGUGACCAUGCUGAGCAACAGCACAUAGCUGCACAGCAAAAGGCUGCUUUACAGCAUGCUCAUGCACAUUCUUCAGGAUACUUUAUAACUCAAGACUCCGCCUUUGGAAACCUUAUUCUUCCUGUGUUACCACGACUUGAUGCAGAGUGAGAGAAAAUCCAAGGAAGGAAGGAAGGAACGCGGGUGUUGAUCUAGUAUUGCAGCUGCUACCUUUCCAGACUUUCAGUUAAUGUAAUGGUUUAUGAAAAUAAGAGGACUCAAAACCGAAGAUAUAUUUUUAUUCAUUCUAAUGGCUUUCAUUUUGGAUCCAAACAUUUUGUUUUCAGGGGACAUUAAACUACUUUAACAAGUUCUAA